CGAAUUCUGACUUGUUCUACUCCGCACCUGCUCACCGCACCACCGCCCUUAAUCCGCCGUACCACCUUCUACAAUCUACAUAGUACAACGUUUUGAAGCUAGUGUUCACGCGAGAACUCGAAUUCCGUGAACGAUUACUCCGAUCGGUCAAGUUCUAGGUCUCAAAUUCAUCGAUUAAGGUAUUCUUUUGACAGAUUGGUACCUUGGGUUAAUUGCGGGACUUUGUUUUCAGUUUGAAGAUGGAAGGUAGACAGUCAACUGGUAUCAACACGGACAAGGAAAAGUGCGCGCACUGUCGUGAAAUGUAUCCCUUACAAUAUGUUAUGUCACAUGAAGUGCUUUGCGAGGCCAAUCCUGCCAACCAGCAUUUUUUGGCCAUUCUCGAACUAUGCGAGUUCAUUCCCAACUUACGUGAAAAACAUGACCCUGCACCUGUGCUCAUCGAAGAUGAAGGUAGUAAUCUGAUCAUCGUUAUUGGUAAAGAGAAAUUUGGAAAGACUACAAUCAUUAAUAGAUUGAUUGGAGAGGAUGGAGACUUUGAGAAUUCUCCCAGGUCAUGUAGGAAAUAUGUCUUUAUGGAGCCCUCUUAUGAAGAUAAAAAAAAUAUUAUGUCUGGGCUCUGCUUGGCGGACUUUGCACUUGUAGUCAUAGAUAGCAGUAUGAAUUUCCAGAAGACGUACCUAGCUGCUGAUUUUUUAGAGCCGUGCUCACUUGCCAAGGCUUUCGGUUUUAAAAAGCUGCUUUGCAGCUUUAGUAAGAUGUAUCUGGUCCACUACUCUGAAGAACAAUACAUAAAGCUUAGAAAUGAGGCUGCAUGGUAUCUUUGCGAACUUGGAUUCAGCGUGCUAUGUAUCAAAUUUGUGCCUACUGCUGCGCUUGAGGACGAAAACGUAACAGAGAGACAAGGCUGUUUAGGUUGGUACAUGGGUUCUACUUCACUUAAACAAUUUGACAGAAGAUGUUGCAUAUUGUUAUAGGUACCACAAUCGAUGCUCCGGGUCCUCUAGGUAACAUAAUAACAUGCAUUCACACAGGUCGGGUUGAUUACGGGUUAAAUCCGGAUCAGAUUUAGGUUUUCACCCUGGGUCAUGGGUAACAAAGCUGGAGACAAUCA